UUCGCACACUGCACAGCACAGAUAGCGAGCCACAGUAGCAGGUCGAGGGAGAUAGAUAGUCCCAAGGGAGACAGAAAGUUCAGCUGAUAAACGUCGACCCCGUGGUUUUGGCUCGCCGGCUACCGUUCGAUAGUGCUGCAUCAACUCCCCUCCGUCGUUGCACGAAGCGACAGCGAGAGAGCGAGAGCGAGAGGAGAGGAUGGCCGGGAUGAUGGGGAAGGCGAUGCCAAUGGCGAGAGCGCCGCACGACCAGAUGCGGUUCGGUUUCUCUUCGUUUGCACAGGACGCCUCUGCGGGACACCCGUUGGAGGCGAUGAACAAGGCAAGGAUCCCUAACGAGUUUGACUUCAAAAUGGACCUCGCUGGCAAGGUUUACGGAAGCGCUUUCGUAAUGCGGAUGAAGACCGAGGUGGCUACCCUCUCGCAGGCACAGCACCUCCCUGGCCUGCCGUCCUCCAUGCUGGGGCUGGAGACCGUGCUCGGCCGGGACGAGACGGUGGAGUUCGAGGACUACCUCGACCCGCCCGCGGACCGGCCCGAGGGUCCGCGGUUCCGCGUCCACGAGGCCAUGGAGAUCCAGUAUGGCCUCAUGUAGAUGAUGCUUUUUGCUCUUGGAGAGGCGGCAAAAAGUCACAGGGGUGGCGAGGACGGGAAGGACACGCGCGAGCACGCUGCUCACGCUCAAGACGCCGUUUGCCACCAGGAAGGCGAACAAUCUUGAUCGGAUCCGCACGCGUGGCUGCGGCGGCGGCCUCAAGCCGACGCUCUCCUUGCUCUGGGGCUCUUGACUGCUGUACAAAACGGUUUCUCGUAAUAGCGUGUAGAGGUGAAUGUAGUGAUUUUGUUUUGGGGCGUUUUUGACGACUCUCUUGCACCGUCUCUUCCUUGGCUGUUGAUGCGGGGCAGGGAAGAACCUCGUGGCUCAAGGAGAAGCCCACGCUGGCAUUUAUCAAUAUUGAAAAGCACGGCUGAGUGACGAGAUGCCAAUACUUUGCAUGUUUGCGAGAGAACACGGUUGCUCACCGUAGUUACGCCCUUUGAAGUCUGUUGAGCCUUAUUGCGCCACACGCUGCUAGGUUCUUUCUUCGUCUGGUGGAAAUUCCUUCGCGUAAUUCCCCCUGACUUUGGCCAUCACGACAUGAGGGGACAUAGAUACGUCCAACCGUAGAGGACGCAGUGGUUUACGGCAGUUACGGUUCCGUUCGUUUGGGACGUGAAUACAUGAUGCUUCACGUUGUUGCUGUUGCCAAUUGAAGGUAGUCGUCUGCGGGAAGAUGCGCUGCUGUUCUGUGCGAUAAACUCUGUGACAUCACGUCGCGGUCAUCAUCGCCGUGGUGUUUCAGAUUUGACCCUUCGGUGUGUCAGGAGGCAUUGAAACUACAGUACUGCUGUGGGAAAUCGCUCACAGGUUUCAGAAAGUGUAGCAUGGCGAUGGCCGCGGACUGUUCGGGCGACGGUCGAAUCACGCCUGAGAGUAGUGUCAUUGAAUGGUUGUGCGUUUUUUACCGCAGGAGGUACGGCCCCCACGGCGUGACCAUUUCGCACGAUGUCGAGAUUUCUGUGGUUCGUGGUCAGCACACACCUGUUCACCGAGAACGCGUUGCUUACCCUGGAGUUCAACUCAGAAUAAUGUGCCCGUGAACAAGUUGUUGGGAUCGUCGGUCAGUCAUAUUGUCCAAUUU